CCGGCCGUUUCCGGAAGCCGGCUGCCGCCCUAGCUGUGUAGCCGGUACUGGUGACCGGAGACUUGGGAACGCACCCUCUUGCGGUUCCUGGCGUUUGGGCUUCACCUGGAGCGCCGAGCAAAGAAAAUGGCUCUGCUGUGCUACAACCGGGGCUGCGGCCAGCGCUUCGAUCCUGAGAAUAACUCCGAUGAUGCCUGCACAUACCACCCAGGUGUUCCAGUCUUUCAUGAUGCAUUAAAGGGUUGGUCUUGCUGUAAGAGAAGAACAACUGAUUUUUCUGAUUUCUUAAGCAUUGUAGGCUGUACAAAAGGUAGGCAUAAUAAUGAGAAGCCGCCUGAACCAGUCAAGCCUGAAGUGAAGACUACAGAAAAGAAAGAACUAUCUGAAUUGAAACCCAAAUUUCAGGAGCACAUCAUUCAAGCCCCUAAACCGGUAGAAACAAUAAAAAGGCCAAGUCCAGAUGAACCAAUGACAAAUUUGGAAUUAAAAAUAUCUGCCUCCCUAAAACAAGCACUUGAUAAACUUAAACUUUCAUCAGGGAUUGAAGAAGAGAAGAAAGAAGAAGACAAUGAUGAAAUUAAGAUUGGAACCUCAUGUAAAAAUGGAGGGUGUUCAAAGACAUACCAGGGUCAAGAGAGUCUAGAAGAAGUCUGUGUAUAUCAUUCUGGAGUCCCUAUUUUUCAUGAAGGGAUGAAAUACUGGAGCUGUUGUAGAAGAAAAACCUCUGACUUUAAUACAUUCUUAGCUCAGGAGGGCUGUACAACAGGAAAACACUUGUGGACUAAAAAGGAUGAUGGUAAAAAAGUUGUUCCAUGUAGACACGACUGGCAUCAGACUGGAGGUGAAGUCACCAUUUCAGUAUAUGCUAAAAAUUCACUUCCAGAACUUAGUCGAGUAGAAGCAAAUAGUACAUUGUUAAAUGUUCACAUUGUAUUUGAAAGAGAGAAGGAAUUUCAUCAAAAUGUGAAAUUAUGGGGUGUGAUUGAUGUAAAACGAAGUUAUGUAACUAUGACUGCAACAAAGAUUGAAAUCACCAUGAGAAAAGCUGAACCUAUGCAGUGGGCAAGCCUUGAACUGCCUAUGACCAAAAAGCCUGAAAAACAGAAAGAUAUUUCAGAUUGAAUGAGGGGAUGGGGACAAACCUAUUGCCUGUUUCAGAAUUCUUAAUGUGGUGAAGUGGUGGCUUGCUGCUGUAAUCUGUUGCUGUUGUUGUUGUUGUUGUAUCUUGGCAUUUCAGGGUCAGCGUUAGAUUCUUAAAAGCCAAAGUCAGUCUGUCUUUUUGUGCCUCCCAUUUUCCUUUCCAGUUACAUAAGACUGAUUAUUCAUUUCUCAUACUGAUAGAACUGUAGUUGUGUCCUAUACUUGAAGCUAGAGUAUAGAUCAUAAACAUAUUUGCAGUAUUUCUUUGUGUAAUAUUUCAUUAAGCUGAGAAGUAUAAUGAACUUUUCUCACUUCUGUUGUCCCAUAAUUAGUAAAGCAAGACAAAAUGUCAAAAUUUCAAUUCGUUUUUUCCAUAGAUUUCUGUUCCUAUAAUACUUGAAUAUCCUUACAGAAGAGAUAAGGCUGGCAUUGUUUUUCCUUGUGAUAGUUACUUUUUCUAAGAGGAUUAAUCCUGAGGAAGUGCAGUAAGUAAAGGGAAAUAUAAGCAUUGAUUGACAAAUUGGAACUUGUUUACAGUUAAUAAAACUGAAAAAUUACAUCAGUACAUAUAUUACUUGUUAAGAGUAUGGGAAAUAUAAUUAAGAUUAUAGAGUUAUCAGUUUUGCUAAAAUUCUCUUAUUUUAUGACAAAAUAAUGUUAAAAAUGUUUUUCCUGAUUAUUCAAAAGGGUUUUGUAUAGUGUUAUCACUAAAUUUACUUGAUUUAUAGCCUAUACUCUCUCUUAAAACCUCUAAUUAGUUAUAUGUAAGAAGAAAUUAAAUAUUUGGUCUCCCUGAUGGAAAACUGUAUCUGUAAAAUUGUAGACUCAAAAGUUUGUGGAAAUACAUUAGGGAAUCAAAAAACUAAAUAUAUAAACAUUGCUUUAUGAUAACUAAUACAUAUUAAAUAAAUGAAAUAGCUCAAUUCUUUUGUAGUUUUUAUUUUAAGGCUUUCAUGGAAAGCCUGAAAAUAAUAGUGACAUAAUGUUGAUUAUAUGUUCUCCUGUUAUACUAACUGGCUUAAUUAAAGGAGAGGCUACUUUUCUGUGUGGAACUCAAGAAGAAAAUUAAAUGUUAUGAAAUCCAAAACUGGUAGAAUUUAGCAAAUUUGGGGAUUAAUUAGGCUUACAUAGAUUUAAAAUGAAAAUGAAAGGGGUUUGUUUCCCAAACCCCUUUAGUGUUUUCUUGGUAUUAAUGGAAUUCUUAAGAAGCAAAACUUGCAAAAAUAUGAUUUUAACUUAGUAUUAUCAUUCUAGUAUUCUUAGCAAAUAACUAUUUAGUUAUAUAAUUAUUAAAAUGUUUAGCUCUGUUUCAAUUAUAAGAACUCAAAAUAAUAUGGCAUAUAGGUUUUGAUGCCAUUAAAAUGACAUGACAAAAUUUGGGGGCAGUAAAAAUUAAGACUCUGCAAGUAUGUACAUAUGUGUCUAGUACUGGAAGACAUAGUCACUUUUUUUAGCUUUAUUUCAUGAUUUUGGAAACUAGAUUCAUUUAGACAUACUUCUUUUUGUUUGAGGCAGGGGUUUUAUACUUAAUUUGAUCUAAGGCAAUGGUUAAUAUACCUUCUUCAAUGCCUCCUUCUUGAGGUUUUUUUCCCCAGUAGAAUGCUUAAUAUGUGUUACAUGUAGGUGAACUGUUAUUUAAAGCAAAUAAAUUAUGUUUCAAGUU